AUGACUGAGAAUGGGGGUUUAAGGCCUUUUAAAUGGUUUUCUCACCGGGCAGAUGACAAAGGGUAUUCAGAUAUAUUUAAAGUGGCUCAAAAGUCUUUUAAGAAUGGAUUCGAUAAAUUUCUAGUUGAAGUGAAGAAAGCGACAAAGUUUUGGGCAAAGAAAGUAAACUUGGAGAAUUCAAAUUCCAUUGAACAAAUUGAAGAGAAAAUAGAGAGUUUAGAACAGGUUGACGUGGCUGGAAGUGGAGAUAAUGAGGUGUUGAAUGAGAUUUCUGGUUUGAAAGCGGAUCUUUGGGCAAGAUACAGAUGCGAGGAGCGAGAAUGGCUUCACAAAUCAAGGCUCAAAUGGUUCAAAGAAGGAGAUAAAAACUCAAAAUUCUUCCAUCUUACUGCUGCGAUAAGAGGAAGUAAAAACCAUAUCUCGUCGAUACGGGUAAGUGAUCUGGAGAUAUCUAAACCGAAACAGAUUUUGGAUGCAUUUAUGAAUCAUUUUAGGCACCAAUUCAAUUAUAGCAGGACUAUACCAGUAAAGGAGUUUGGUGUGAAUUUAAGAAAAUUGGGAACAACUUCUAGACGAGCUAUUGAAGUUCGAUUCUCGGAGGAGGAAAUAUGGUACACUUUAAGUUCUGCCGAUGGGACACAAGCGCCGGGACCGGAUGGGUUCAAUUUUGACUUUUACAAGAAGUAUUGGCAGCUUUUUAAAGGGGAAGUUGUGGCCUUUUUCAAUGGGUUUUUUGAUGUAAAGACGAGAGACAAGUCUUUUAAUAAGUCGUUCAUUGCACUUAUUCCAAAGAAGCCAAAUAUGGAGAAGAUUGAAGACUUUAGGCCCAUUUCACUUGUGAGUAGCUUGUAUAAACUGGUGGCGCAUGUGCUUGCUAAAAGGUUGACUAGUUGCAUUAAUGAGGUCGUUGGUGAAAACCAAUUUGCGUUCACAGCUGGGAAACAAAUUGCCGACUGCUCUUUGAUUGCAAAUGAAUUGAUCGAGGACCUUUCGCUUCAGAAAGGAGUCCCCGUGGGUUCAUUCGAUCUACGGAUAUCUCAUUUACAAUUCGUCGAUGAUCUGAUAGUUUUUGCGAAAGCUAAUUUGGGAAUGGUAAAAAACAUCAAAAGACUCCUUAGAAUAUUUGAAGUGGCGUCAGGCUUAAGACUCAACUUGUCGAAGUCGAAGUUAUAUGGGAUAUGUGUGGAGGAGAGUUGCCUAGUUGAGUGGGUUGAACAUGUUAACUGUGAUUGUGAUCAUUUCUCGACUACCUACAUGGGGUUACCGCUCGGCCAUAGAAGGAAUUCCAAGAAGAUGUGGAAGCCCAUCGUAGAUAAAUUUCGAUCAAGGCGGGAUGGGUGGAAGGGGAAGCUACUUUCGCUGGGUGUUCGUAUCACACUCAUCAAAUCUGUAUUAGCAAAUUUACCGGUUUACUUCCUUUCCUUAUUCCAGCUCCCGGCAUCGGUGGCUGCGGAUCUAAACAGGAUGAUAGCAAAUUUUUUAUGGGGUGCUGAACUAGGGAGAGCGAUUCACUGGAUGCGGUGGGAGCUUGUUUGUUCCCCAAGGCUGUAUGGUGGGCUUGGCUUCUUCGAUCUGAGAAUAAAAAAUCGGUCCUUAUUAAACAAGUGGAUUUGGAGAUAUGGAUCAGAAUCAGAGUGCAUAUGGAGGAAAUUCAUUGAUGCAAAAUACGGCUAUGACUCCUCGUCCCUUUUGCUGAAAUCUGGUUCGUGGAGGAAAGGUUCCUGGGUCUGGAUAAAUAUUACUCGUCCCUUAGUUUCUGAUGGGGAUAGUUUGUCGAAAGAUUUGAGAUGUGUUGUUGGUGAUGGCAAAUUUGUGGAUUUUUGGGAGGACUAUUGGUCGGAAGUCCCUUCCUUGAGAGUAACUUUUUCUCGCUUUUUUUUCUGUAGUGAUUAA